CACACAACACAAUACUACAAAAAGUACCUCAACUCAACGCUUGGGUUGGUUGUUUUGUUGUUAUCGUGCAUAUAAAUAUACCAUUUCGUUUAUUCUCUCACUAGAUUAUUGGUGUUGACAGUUGACAGUAAAGGCACAUUUUUGAUAAAGUGAGUUUGAUAUUUCAUAAAAGUUAUAUACCUUAAGUGUUUACAUAAAAGUAAGAAAUGGAUGGAAACAAUAACAGGAACAGACAGCAAAACAAUCAAAAUAGUAGUUGGUUUACAGCUGCCACUGUUGGUGCGGGUUUAGCUGUUGCAGCAGGAGGUCUUUACUUAUGGGCAAACCGUUCCUCAAAUGGGAACAAUCAAACUCGGGAGACAACGCAACAGUCUACAGAAUCAAGUUCAUCUACAAGCUCCUAUCUUAGUGGCUUAAUGAAUAGAGUCAAUAUGAGUGGAAUACAACAUGAAGCCCAUGGAAUACCCGAGCAGUCCAUUCCUGAAAUACCUCACAUUAUCAACUUGGAUACACUCCUUCAUGACAUUUACUUGAGAUAUAUUGCACUUAAGAGGCAUGACUUCAGCCACCACUACAGAGUAUUUGACACCAUAUUUCUAAAGAUGCAUCGCACUAUGCAACGGGUUGAUCGUUACUACCAAAAAUACUCCAGUACUGUGCAAGUAUCUGGGAGUCAUUAUGAUAGGCUUCGUAUAAAGAAACCAGAUGAAUUUGACAUAGAUAUAUUUAUUGGGCUUCCACUAAACAUCAAGUCAGAAGCAACUGAUGCAUCUAAGAGCGACAUCAUCUUGGAAAGCAUGGCUGCUGGAUUCGUGAAAUUGAAGAUGGGCACACAAUUCCAAAAACUACCCUACAGGGACGAUUGGGAAGUAAACAAAACUCUGUUCUCGUGGAGAAAUGACGAGUAUUAUUUACUCCGUUCAAAAUUCAGUGACUGGUUCAAAAGUUUAGUAUACAGAGCAUUAAACGAAUUCGAGUGUAUAGGAAACUUGCCGAUGUGUUACGUAGAUAGCAAUGCGUACGUAAUCGGGACGUCGGAAGCUGGACCAGCUGUCACAUUAAAAAUAAAAUGUUUGAGAACGAAUUUCAAAAUGGACGUCGAUCUGGUGCCAGUAUUGAAAUUUCCGGAAGAUCGCUGGCCUGCGGAUAAUGGCUAUCGGAAAAUACCAGAGUUAUACAGGGACGAGAUAUUCAUGGUGGUCCCAAAGCCGAUCAAGGGAAAGUUUGAGGCAAAUGAUGUGUCAAAAUCGUGGCGGAUGUCCCUUAUAUAUCAGGAGAGACGAAUAUUGCACAAUACGCACAAUUUACGACAGACGAUACGAUUUCUCAAGAAACUCCGCGAUACUUUCGAUAUGUAUUACAUCGCGAGUUAUUACAUAAAGACCCUAUUUUUCUGGGAAGUACAUGCGCAAAGGGACCCAGCAUUUUGGAGGCAGGCGAAUUCCAAACUGUUCAAAAUAAUGGUGACGAGACUUCACGCAGCACUGACUCGAAGACAUAUUCCUUACUUCUGGAAUGAGAGUUAUAACUUGAUAGAAGGGGCGCCUGACAAUGUGGUGGCAGGCCACGUGGCAAAACUGGCAAAGUUGUUGCGAAUUUUGGACAAUCCUUUGGAGUACAAAAAAGUAGCAGAGUUUCUGUUGACCCCAUCUGAGUUCGCCGAUUAUUCUAAAUUCUUGUAAAACGCUUAUCAAACGUUUUUAAAUUGAAUUAUUUUUAAAAAAUAUUUUUAGCGAGUAAUUUUCUUUUUCUAAUGUGGGUUUUCAAUUACCUAGUUUUAUAACAUUAUCUUUGUUAUAUGUAUUCGCUUUUUUAUCCUUUUCCUGAGGUCUAUUUCUGUUUUAUUAGUAUUAUACUCAGAACAAUAACUACUAUUGUUCUGAGGUAUUAUAUUCAUAUACAUGUAUUUUAAGUUUUCAAUAAAUAUCACGUGCAAACGCCAAGCUUUACAAUGCAUCAUAUAUCAACAAAAAAGAAAUACAAUCCAGCAUUAUCGCGAUAUAGAUAAAGACUUUUCCCCCGCAGAGAGCGACCGAAUUUGACGGUUACACGUGAAAUGUUUGAUGAAAUUAAUGUCAAGAAACUAUUUUCGCACCACUAGUACCUUAAUGAAAAUCAGGACUGAUAUGAGAAGCCGAUCUUAAAGAGCAGGCUUGUUAAUAGAGAUGUUAAUUAUAUAUUUUAUACUAAAAUAGUAUAAAAACACUUUACUUAUUACCUAAUACCUACUUUAUUGGUAUUAAUAUAAGUGUUUAUGUACCUACUUCAUUCAUUUAUUUAUAUAUUUUUUAAUAAACAUACAUUCUAAAAAUCUAAACCAA